UGCACUGUGCACGAAUAUGCUCCCUGUGCUUGCUUGGAAUGCGUGCUUGCCCGGUGCCACUUGCUGCUCUGGCCGGGGUGCCUCGCCUCUGAUGCAUCUCUCUCAUUAUACGCUGCUUGCACAGAUCAUACCUGCCUGCUGGACUUAUAUGGAAAUAUUGCUUAAUUACACACUAUACACGCAUAUUUGCUUGAUAAUAACACUUUAUUUAUUGAUUGGAUGCACGCUGUGCCUGGUGGCUGCUCUCUCGCACACUUGCUGUCGCUUUCACGCGCUAUCACUCGGUUCGGUGCUUUUUGUGCUUGUUUGCUAGCUGCCCCUGGCUCUGGCCUUUAUGUGGGCGGGUGGUGUCUGCCCGACUUUUACCGGUUGCUGCCCUGGCUCUGUUCUCUCGAUUGGUGGGUCUCUUUUGCUUUCUUAUUUUUUGUCACUUGCCUACCCUGAUACACCCCCUUGGGAUUCACUAUGCCCGCUAUACACACA